AUUUUGCUAUAACAAAUAUGACGCCUGCUGAUGGUAUUGACAUUGGAAAGACAUCUAAAAUAACUAUGACAUGUCGGUAUAAUGUGACGGAUCUUCUUAAUUUCAAACUAUUGAGAAACGAAGUUACAGUUGCAUAUCUUGAAUGCUCCAAGUCCACAAAUAGAUUUAAAACAAUUGUCAAUAAGGAUGGUUUCGACUGUACUUUAGCUUAUUGUAAUGAAGGUGAGGUUACCUGCUGGAAACGAAAUCCUACUUGCAAAGAUGUAGCACACUACAAAUGUGGCACUUCCUCAGAAAAUUCGAAAACUAAGUUUAUGAAAGUGAGAUCUCGUAUACUGAGUCUGGGAAUGAUCAGUGAUAAAACCUUUACAAUUCCAUGGAUCAUCAGAUGUUCAGCAAUUGUUGGGUUACCUUCUCCACCAUCUGUCACUUUUUCAUGGAAUAUAGGGACUCCUGAUAUAUCGAUUAAGGUCUAUAAAGUACGGAGAGUUCCUCCUAGUCGCAAGUGCUUUGUUGUGGUAAAUGCGGAUUAUUACUAUAUUGUAAGAGAGAGAGACUUAGAUUACACAACUUUCACAUGCAAAAUAUUUGGAACUGAAAUUUCACGAAUUAUCAAUUUGGAUUGACGUAACAAAAAAGGUAAGCUGAUUAUUUUGGUUU